GGCCGUUUUGCUUCGAGGAUCGUUUGAGAAGCCUUAGGCGGCGGGUGUCUCUGGAAGAAAUUAGUCACUACAGAACUUCUCCAUCUUCUCUGCUGUUUUCUGAAACAUAACCAAGUCCUUGCCUGACAAGAACAAUAUCUGAGCCACCUGAAUCUGGAAACUGUUCUUCAGGAAGAAAUCCUUUAGUUUGGAACUGGAGGAUUCCUUUGCAUCAGAUACUGAAAUGAAAGAACCAUUGUUAGAUGGUGAAUGUGACAAGGCAGAGGCAUCACAGCUGGGGCUGCUAGAUGAAAUUAAGACAGAACCCGACAAUGUUCAAGAGUUUUGUCACGCCCAACAGUCCAGAACUCAGGAGAAUGAACUGAAAGUAAACACUGUGUUUUCAGAGAGUGCUUCACAGUUGACUGCAGCCGUUCAGCUUUCCCCGGCAUCAUCCGGCAUGAAUAAAAUGCUUCCUUCAGUUUCAACCACAGCUAUUCAGGUUUCCUGUUCCGGUUGUAAAAAAAAUCUCCAGAAGGGGGAAACUGCUUAUCAGAGGAAAGGAUCUACUCAACUUUUCUGCUCCAUACCAUGCAUCACUGAAUAUAUUUUAUCUGCCAGUUCACCAGUUCCUUCUAAGAGAACUUGUUCAAACUGCUCAAAAGACAUUUUAAAUCCAAAGGAUGUGAUCAGUGUCCAGCUGGAAGAUGCUACCUCUUGCAAAACUUUUUGCAGCCUGUCUUGUCUUUCAUCAUAUGAAGAAAAAAGAAAACCAUUUGUUACCAUAUGUACUAAUAGCAUUUUGACCAAGUGCAGCAUGUGCCAGAAGACUGCUACUAUUCAGUAUGAAGUAAAAUACCAGAAUGUGAAUCAUAAUCUUUGCAGUAAUGCCUGCCUUUCAAAGUUUCACUCUGCUAACAACUUCAUCAUGAACUGCUGUGAGAACUGUGGUGCCUACUGUUACACCAGCUCUAGUCUGUCCCAUGUACUUCAGGUGGAAGGACAGUCUCAUUAUUAUAAUAGUUCAAAGAGUAUUACAGCAUAUAAGCAGAAAGCUGCCAAACCACUUACAUCUAUUCCUUGCAAACCAUUGAAGCCCUCAGAUGAAAUGAUUGAGACUACCAGUGAUUUGGGGAAGACAGAGCUUUUCUGCUCUAUUAAUUGUUUCUCUGCAUACAGUAAAGCUAAGAUGGAACCUUCUUCAGUAAAUGUUUCCACGGCACAUGAUACUUCAACAGAGCUUCUUUCUCCAAAGAAAGAUGCAACUCCAGUUAUUAGCAAUAUAGUGUCAUUGGCAGACACUCAUGUUGCCUUACCCAUCAUGAACACUGAUGUCUUACAAGAUACAGUUUCUUCAGUAACAGCAGAUGUCAUUGUGGAUCUUUCUAAGAGUUCACCUAGUAAAUCCAGUAGUGGUACUGCUAGUAAUAGUAUGGAACAGCCAAGUCUUUCACCAUCUUCAUCAGUAUUCAGUCAGCAUGCAGUUGGUUCCAGUGUAGAAGUACAAAAAGAUAAAGUAUCAAACCAGGAUCAUGCAUGUAAUAUGAAAAUAAGUGAUGAACCAUGUCACCCAAAAUGUACAUCCAAAGUACAGAAAGUUAAAGGUAAAUCACGAAGUAUUAAAAAAUCUUGUGCAGAUUUUCAGUGUUUGGAAAACAGUAAAAAAGAUGUGACAUUCUGUUAUUCAUGCCAAUUGUUCUGCCAAAAAUAUUUUAGCUGUGAAAGAGAGUCAUUUGCAACCCACGGAACUUCAAAUUGGAAAAAAACUCUGGAAAAAUUCAGAAAGCAUGAAAAAAGUGAAAUGCAUUUGAAGUCAUUGGAAUUUUGGAGAGAAUACCAGUUUUGUGAUGGAGCUAUCAGUGAUGAUUUAUCUGUUCAUUCAAAACAGAUUGAGGGAAAUAAAAAGUACCUAAAGUUUAUAAUUGAAAAUAUUUUAUUUCUUGGGAAGCAGUGCUUACCCUUAAGAGGAAAUGAUCUGUCUAUUUCAUCUGUGAAUAAAGGCAAUUUUUUAGAAUUGUUAGAAAUCAGAGCAAAAGAUAAAGGAGAAGAAAUAUUUCGACUUAUGAAUUCACAAGUUGACUUCUAUAAUAGCACACAAGUUCAAAGUGAUAUUAUUGAAAUAAUAAAGACUGAAAUGUUGCAGGAUAUUGUGAAUGAGAUCAAUGACUCCCCAGCGUUUUCAAUAAUAUGUGAUGAGACAACCGAUAGUGCCAUGAAAGAACAGCUUUCAAUUUGUGUGAGAUACCCACAAAAAUCAGCAAACACAGUCUUAAUUAAGGAAAGAUUCUUAGGUUUUGUUGAUACUGAGGAGAUAACUGGGACCCAUUUAUAUAGGACUAUCAUAACUUAUCUGCAGCAGAUUGGGGUUGAUAUGGAUAAAAUACAUGGCCAGGCCUAUGACAGCACCACUAAUUUGAGGAUAAAAUUUAAUAAAAUUGCAGCAGAAUUCAAGAAAGGAGAACCAAGAGCUUUAUACAUACAUUGUUAUGCCCACUUUUUGGAUUUAGCAAUAAUUAGAUUUUGUAAAGAAGUAAAAGAACUCCGAGGUGCUCUAAAAACUCUCAGUUCUUUGUUCAACACUAUUCGUAUGUCUGGGGAAAUGUUGGCAAAUUUUCGGAACAUUUGUAGGCUAAGUCAAAACAAAACAUGCAAGAAACAUAUAUCACAAUCAUGUUGGACAGUCCAUGAUCAUAUAUUACUAUCUGUGAUUGACAGUCUUCCAGAGAUUAUUGAAACAUUGGAAGUUAUAGCAAGCCAUUCUUCAAAUACAAGUUUUGCUGAUGAAUUGAGUGAUUUGCUGACAUUGGUUUCCAAAUUUGAAUUUGUCUUUUGUUUGAAAUUUCUGUAUCGAGUGCUAAGUGUUACAGGAAUUCUUUCCAAAGAGCUUCAAAAUAAAACCAUAGACAUUUUUUCCUUGUCUUCAAAAAUAGAAGCAAUUUUGGAAUGUUUAUCAUCUGAAAGAAAUGAUGUAUAUUUUAAAACAAUCUGGGAUGGAGCAGAGGAGAUAUGUCAAAAAAUAACCUGUAAAGGUUUUAAAGUUGAAAAACCUUCUCUUCAGAAAAGAAGAAAAAUUCAGAAAUCGGUAGAUCUUGGCAAUUCAGAUAAUAUGUUUUUUCCUACUUCAACAGAAGAACAAUAUAAAAUUAAUAUCUAUUACCAAGGAUUAGAUACUGUAUUACAAAAUUUAAAAUUAUGUUUUUCAGAGUUUGAUUAUUGCAAAAUAAAGCAAAUUUCAGAACUGUUAUUUAAAUGGAAUGAACCAUUAAAUGAAACAACAGCAAAACAUGUUCAGGAAUUUUAUAAACUUGAUGAGGACAUUAUACCAGAACUUAGAUUUUAUCGACAUUAUGCAAAACUCAACUUUGUCAUAGAUAAUAAUUGCAUAAACUUCAUCAGUCUUGGCUAUUUGUUUAUUCAGCAUGGUCUUCACAAUAAUAUUCCUUGCCUCUCAAAGCUAUUAUAUAUUGCUUUGUCUUGGCCAAUUACUUCAGCAAGUACUGAAAACUCAUUUUCUACCCUGCCUCGUCUCAAAACAUAUUUAUGUAAUACCAUGGGACAAGAGAAGCUUACUGGCCCAGCCCUAAUGGCUGUUGAGCAGGAAUUGGUAAAUAAACUAAUGGAGCCUGAAAGACUCGAUGAAAUUGUGGAAAAGUUUAUCAGUCAGAUGAAAGAAAUAUAAUACUGGCUCAUUUGAACUUAAACUAAGAGACUUGUAUUUCUGUUGGAAUGUUUUUAUUUCAAAAUUGUUCAAAAUUCAAAAACCAUAGAAUGAUAUACAGUGAAGUCUCCUUCCCUCCUUUGGAACUCAUUUUCUCUUCCUGAAAAGUGUUAUCUGUUCCUUUUCCUAAGUGAUAUUAUAUAGUGUACACUGUUCUUCAGCAUGUCUUUUCCAUGUAACAUUUUUGAGAUUGUCUCAUGUCAUUACAUGAAGAGUUUAUUGAUUCUUUGUCUAUAACUGCAGAUUUGGUAUGAAAAAUGUAGAGUCUACUGUAAUAUAUUUGAGCAGUCCCUACUGACAUUUUUUUUUCUAACCUUUGCUAUUAUAAAUAAUGAUUCAUUUUAUAACCUUGUAUGUGGGUCAUAUUGCACCAUGAGUAAGUUACUCUAUGCUGUAAAUAUAAAAUUAGAAUUACUGGGUCAAGAUAUGUGCAUUUUUACUUUUGAUAGAUAUUGGCAAGUUGCCAUCUAUAAGGAUCGAGCCAGUUUGCAGCCCCACCCACAAUGCAUGAGAGUGCCUAUUAAAUCUUUAUCAGUGUUAUCAAA